GGGAGGAUUGUUCUUGGAUCAGCCGAAGGGAGGAUUGUUCUUGGAUCAGCCGAGAUGCAGAGCCUCAGUGUGCGCAAAGUAGCUACGAACUCGAUAGCUGCUACAGUAGAACCAGAACCAGAAAGCAGAAGCAGAAGGCUAAUUUGUUAGUAAUUAGUGGCCAACGUGGCAAAAUCAAGAAGGCCAGCCAGCUGCAGGUACGCACAUAAUAUGAAUGUAAUUGCAAUUCUUGCUGCCGUAGCCCAGGCUAUGAAGGCUAAUUAGAUGGGAGGACCAAAGGCCCAAAGGCUGCUUCUUCGGUCGAAAAGCACCGUAAGAAAGCGCUCGCAGACAGUGCGGUGCUGGUAUCCUAUGCCCAGACCCUACCGGUUCUGUAGCUAUUAGCAGAGGGUCAAGCUCAUCAAACAUCAAACAAUGUUUUAGAAAAUACUCAGUACUGGUACUGGAUUAUAAGAUUACUCGAGUAGCUCCGUACUCGAUUACGCUGUUGCCUCGUAGAUUGGACCUUUACUAAUUGUGGCACUGUCAGCUAUUGUCUCAUAACUUCAUAAGCUGCUCAUAACACUCUCAUAACAUGCUUAUACAAGCAGCAAUGAUUCACACUUGGCCCUGAAGAUGGAUAAUUGCCAGUUGACAUUUAAUAGGGUUCGUUCCCCUGAAGAACUCAGAAAAAGGUGACGAUGUGACUGGAUGAGCUCUGGAUGUGCCUGGGAAAGUGUCGAUGUGGCUGGAAAUAAAGAGAACUUUUCCUAGGUGGCUGCUCUUCUUAUUACUCUGAGAGAAGGGAGCUGAAGGGAUUCGUUUGGGGUGACUUUUCGCAGCUCUUUUCGCUGGAUAUGGGCGUUAGGUCAAAUAAUCACAGGGUCGGAAAAGUCCCACUCAACAAAGAAAAGAACCAACCAACGAACUCUAGAAAGAAACGAUGAUUCGUCUGGUUCCCACUGGAAAGUGCCAGGUGCCAGCUUGAUUGAGACCUUCUUAUCACUUAUGCCAGUGCUCGCCAGUUUGGUGUUUGGUGCUCUCCUAUUCUAGCUAGUACCCGGGAGCUGCAAGGUUUGGAGGGCGGCAAUCUUGCAACGCAUCUUUCCCCGGUCCAAUGCUACUACUAGUAAAGUACCAGGACUUACAUCUUCUGUGGUGGCCAAGCGAAGAGCAUAUUCAUACCGGUAACUCUGCAUUCUUGAGACGAGAGUUCGCUUUUUGCACAUCCCUUUUUUCCUAACCUCACCCUCUCACAAAAAACAAAAACCUAAACUUCGAAAUCAGAAUCACUUUUCCGCCCUGAUAACAUACACAUUCACAUUCACUCUUCACCAUGUCCAAGCGCCCACAAAGCUCAAAUCCUCCCAACACUAACGACGGCUGUGGAAAUGGAUUCAGUUUGACCGCUGCUCUGGCCCAAGGGGCCCUCGCCGCCUCGUUCCCCCCGAGCUUGGCAUUGUCUCCAACACAGAUCAACGAACGGUCCAACAUGAGCAGAACUCGAAUCCUUGCAAUCCUUGAGGAUGCACUUCAGAUCAUUGACGGGGAAUUCGACGACGGCAAUGAUUCUCUGCGCUUUGGGGAAGAGAGACUAUCAGCCCAGUGAGGUGCAAGCAAGAUUUCAUUGGCUCGACAGUUUGUGGAUGAAGGUAGCGGCACAGCAGGCAAACCACCGCACCAUACCAACGAUCAAGGAGCCACGUCCCUUCUUUGUCUUGCAUUGCAUUAUACACAUUGCACAAUUGUACCCUUCAUAUACAUUCUUAACGAUACUCUACUAUAGACCACAAGUUUCAUCAAUC